CGUUUGGUAGUUUGAGAAGAUGUCGACUGUCGAAUUGUACAAUUUUGAGUCGGCACGCAAAGAUUUUUCGAAAUGCAUCGAAAACACUGUGAAAGUGGAGAAAAAAGAAGAUUUGUUAACUUUUGUUCAGCAGUACGAAGGAAGUGAUGCUGAAAAGAAAGCCACAUUAGAUCAAGCUUUCAAAGAUGCCUUAAAGGAACUUGUGGCUGUCCAAAGAAAUUGUGCGAAGUUUAAGACUGUGAUUAAUCUUAGUGCCUAUGCAGUGACACAAGACCUGUGCUCGUCUUUCACCCCCUUCCAUCUUCUGUCUGACCUCUUUGACAUGGUGACCUUGGAUGUGUGCGAAGCGACCUUUGACCUGGUGGAGGACAAUGUGUAUCUAUGGAAGUCUGAUAUGUUUUUUGAGGCAGGAAAAAACUAUUUAUUGCGGAUGUGUAACGAUUUACUUCGGAGAUUGUCAAAGGCCCACAAUACAGUGUUCUGUGGCAGAAUACAACUCUUCCUGGCAAGACUGUUUCCCCUCUCAGAGAAGUCAGCGCUGAAUUUGACCAGUCAGUUUAACCUGGAGAAUGUGACAGUUUACUUGAGUGAGCCAGAGGAACUGAAACCUAAGGGAUCAGAUAAAAAUGAGAGCAUGGAAGGGAUUGAGGAAGGAGAAAUGUCUGAUCUCUCUUUCUCGAGUGAUCCCUGUCCAAUAGAUUACAACUUGUACAGAAAGUUCUGGUACUUGCAAGAUAUCUUCAGAAAACCUACACAGUGUUAUGAGAAGGCGCCAUGGAAGAAGUUCUCUUCAGUGAGUACUUGUGGGUUGUGGGGGCCUAUCAGUGCAACUCACCCCCUAUCUGAGUUGUUUGACCUGCAGCUUAGUGACAGUAAUUUUCGCCGAUACGUCCUGGUGCAGUUCCUGAUACUUUUCCAGUAUCUCCACUUACCUGUUAGAUUCAAAAGUUCUAGCUUUGUGCUGACAGAAGAACAGAAUCAGUGGGUGGACAGCACACAGGAGAAGGUGUACAGACUAAUAAAGGAGACACCUCCUGAUGGUGACAAGUUUGUGCAAGCCAUCAAGCAUAUACUGAAACGGGAAGAGAAUUGGAACAGCUGGAAGAAUGAAGGGUGUCCAAGUUUUGAGAGGAGUAAAGGUGAUAGUAGUCAGACCAAACAGAAACUAAGUCGGAAGAGUGUUGGAGAUGAUCUUCAAGCUACUGGAGGAAAAAUCAUCAAGAUGGGGAAUGCUGAGUUGACAAGACUUUGGAAUCUGAGUCCUGGUAAUAUGGCAGCAUGUAAAUCAGACAAAAGGGUGUUCUUACCGAGUGUUGAAGAAUUUUUCGCUGAACCAAUUGAACAAGCUGAUCCUGAAAACAUGAUUGAAGAUGAAUACAAACUUGUAAACAACAUAAACUUCCAGUGGAGAGCUCUGCGUCUGCUGGCCAGGAGAAGUCCCCAUUUUUUCACACACACCAACCAGCCGGCCAUGGCCUUGCCUGCAUACUUGGAACUGAUGGUUACUAAACUGGCCAAGGAGAUGCCACCAGCCGAGGAAGUGAAGACCCAGAUUGAAGAUGAGGAAGAAUUAAAGGAUACUCCAGAUGAGGUGGAUAAUCUGAAACAUACAGACACUAGUCCUGCAGAGGUCGUUGAAAAACUGAGUGCACAACAGAUUCAGCUGGUGAGUGACAAGAUUGAUUCAGACUGGAAGAAGCUGGCCACCGAGUUAAACUUCCUAGAUGACGAAAUUUUGUAUUUUGAGAGUGAAACCACAGAGGUAUCAGCACAAGCUAUAAAGAUGUUGACAAAAUGGCAGGAAAAUGAAGGUGAGAGAGCAACACCAGGGGCCCUGAAGAUUGCCCUGAGAGAGAUCGGGCUGGCAGAAAUUGCGGAGACAAUCUUCAAAAACAUCACAGAAUGAGACUUUGUCAUGGGUAUUAAAUACUGCACAUAUAAUGAAUGCAUCCUCAUCUCUUUGUACGAUUCAUUCACAUC